AUGGCCCACCAACAUGGGUCACGACUGCUGCCAUUGAUUCUUCUAUUUGUGAUCGCCUUCCUCAUUGUGAUGCACUCCUGCAUCCCUGGCUGUCCAAAAUCAUUCACCACCACUGUGAAGCAAGGUCUUACUCACCACCAGAAGACAUGCGAGCACUACCAGAAGUCACUUAUGAAGGCUGUUAAUGAACGUAAGCUGGUUGGAGCAAAGAAUAAAGUCAAGGUGGCUCAAUUAAAGGAGUGGAAGGAGCGGAUACAUGUCACAGCUGAACAGAAUCAGCCUGGUUCUUCCAGCCUAUCCCAUUCAUCCAUGCAAACAAGUCAGGAAAUUGGUGACAUGAUGGACAUUGACACAGAGUCGAUCCAUGAGCCAACCACAAAUGCCCUCAGCAUCUCAGGUGAAGCCCAAGAGCCCAUGAACAUCGACAUUUCUCCACCUAUUGUUCCUCCACAAUCUGGGGCUACCCAAAUAUCAACAACUGCUGCUGGCUGCCCGCGACGCAAUUAUCGGAUGCCAGCUCGAUAUCGAGAUAUGCUCCCUGAGCCUGCACCACUCUGA